GUUCAGAGAGAGAGUUAGCAGUAGUCUCUUAUCUUACACAUCAGGGUAAGAGGAUACUAAACUAUGGAGUUUAUCAGAAAUAUAGUUUCAUUAGAUUUAUAGAGGAGUUUUGCUUGCAGAGACUUCAGUUUUGGAAUAUUUUUCCCGAUUUUUUCUUUAAACUCUGCAUCACCCACCGUGAAACAUGCCUGCUUUCGGAGUUUGGAUUAACGCAAUUUGGAUUUUACUUUUCGCCGGUUUUGACUUGGCUUUUUCAAGCUAUUCUGAAGACCAGUGCAGCUGGAGAGGAAGUGGUUUGUCCCAGCAGAAGGGCAGCGUGGAGCAGAUCUCCCUCCACUGCUCUGAGGGCACACUGGACUGGCUGUAUCCCAAAGGGGCCCUGCGCCUCAGCCUGUCACCCCGCCUGCCCUCUGUGGCGGUGGGGCCUGGCGGCAGCAGCUCGGGCCUCAUCACGGCCUGCGUGAAGCCCUCAGAGCAGUUCCACGGAGCCCAGCUCUACCUGGAGAGGGACGGGGUCCUGGAGCUCCUGAUAAGCGACCGGCUUGAGUCCUCCCCACCACCGAGGGUCCGAUGCUUCAGCCGCCUGCCUGGGGAGAGGGUGGCUCUCUUCCUGCAGGCGACUCCUCAUCCUGACAUCAGCAGGAGGAUCGCAUCCUUCCGCUACGAGCUGAGAGGAGACUGGACCGCCCGCCUGUCACUGGACUCCAACCCCAUCAGCAGUGAAGAGGCGUGCAGACCCUGCAACAACACUGAGAUUCUGAUGGCCGUGUGCACCAGUGACUUUGUCGUGCGAGGAAACAUCCGAUCAGUGGUGGAAGACGAUAACCUACGAGCGGCGGUGAUCAAGGUCAGCGCCACCCGGGUGUUUCGUCAGAAGUACGCCCUAUUCACCGGCAACAGUCGCCUCACUACCCGCGGGGAAGUCAGGACUCUGCUGCAGUGCGGCGUCAAACCGGGGCCCGGAAGCUUCCUCUUCACCGGCCGGGUCCACUUCGGAGAGGCCUGGUUGGGCUGUGCUCCCCGCUACAAGGACUUCCAGCGGGCUUACGUGGCAGCCAAAGCAGCCCAGCAGAUACCCUGUGAACUGCCGGUAGACUGAGUGUAACAACUCAGCAGCAGCAGCUUGUCUACCACUCAGAGUCGAGGCUGUUCUGAAAGCCAGGCCGAACUCAGCACCUGCUCCAGGUUUUGGAAGAAGCCAUGGUGCGGCCCAUGCAGCCGUGGCACCACCAACGUCUUCCUAAAGGACGGAGGAGUGAAAUGGACUUUUCCCCAACACCAUUUCAGUGCAAUAUGCAGUCACCGGGUCAGGAAUACCCCGGUCAAGUGACAUGAGGGAUGUGGUUGAAAUGAACUUAAAAGCAUUUGGCAUUUAAAAGUGAUGCCAUUAUGCAGUUCAGAAAAAAUCUAUUGAAAAGCUUUCCAUUGGAGAUAAAAUAAGCAGAGCCAUUAAAUCAGGCCCAUUGAGAGUCCUUGCGUUGAACUCAGGAACAUUUAUUUACAUUUCUAUAGAAGCUUACUGCCCAUUCGUCUGUAUUCUAGUGAGGAUACACUCCAGGCACCUCUAUAUGUUCAGCCAUGUCUGGCCAUGGGAAAGUGAGGUUCUGCUGGCUACCCCUGCAUGUGGGUCAUCCUCAGUGUUACUACUAUUAAGGAGAUUAUAAAAAUGUCCUCACAAAAUAUAUAUUUGCACUGAGAGGGGAAAGGGAAUUAUCUGGAACGUGUGAUGCUGCAAGCACUAAAAAACCAAAUAAAAAGCAACUAUAUGUAGCAUAGUGACAUGGAGCAAUUGAGAAUUUAAUAUAUGUACAGAUGAUGAGCAUGUUUCUUAAAGUAGUGCUGAGAGCACUUUCGUAUUGAGCCAACUCUGAGAUUUUGAUACAGGCUUUUUUUCCAGUACAUUUCAGUAGCUAUGCAAUAUUUCUGCUGAAUUGGAACUGCAUGUAAUUCUUAAAAUCAUUAUUUGAACAUGCGUUUAAGUGGAGUUGCAGCAGUGUUACCAAAGCAUUUAUAAGUUUUGUUGUUAAGUCACUUCCUGCUUUGUGCUGAUGUAACAACACAACGAAAUUCACCCUUAUAUAGAAAACGAUGUUCGUAAAACUGAUGACAACAGCCAUUCAUAACCGCAGUCCAGUGUUAUUAUGAUGUAAACCUGAUGCUAGGGUAAAAGAAAAACAGCUUUUGGUUAAAAAAAAAACAACUCAUAACAAUGGCUAGCUCAAGAGAAAUGGAAAAAUGUGCGUUCAAUGUAUAAAAUUCUGUUCUGUUAAAUGUCUUUAUAUCUAAUGUGCACUAUAUCAACAAGGGGAGGGGUCAUACCAAAUUACCGUGAUGUGCUUAAGCGGUAUGUCUUAUAAGCGUAAACACUGCCAUUUUCGCUGUUUAUUUGUAUGUAAAUGUAUGUUAAUAGCAAUAUGAUUGUAAAUAUGUUAAUAAGAAAUUCUAGAAACAAAGGCAUUGAAAAAAAGACAACAUGUUUUUAUUGUGAAUUAUUUUUGCGUUUGUCUGCGUUAAUAAAAUAUACUGUGAGAAAACA